AUGGCCAGUUCAAGGUCAAGACUGCGUUUGAAGGAACUGGAGAGUUACCUAGAAGAUGUUGAGACGUUUGACAAACCAAAGAUUCUCCUGGAGCAGUACCCUACGACCCCUCACAUCGCCGCGCGUGUUCUCCACACAAUUCAUACCAACUACGACGAUAUCCACGACCAAACUGUGGCCGACCUUGGGUGUGGAUGUGGGGUAUUGGGGAUAGGGGCCAAGAUGUUGGGGGCCGGACAUGUGGUAGGGAUAGAUAUUGAUGAAGACGCUCUCGAUAUCAGUCAUAGGAAUGUGAAGGACUUGGAACUUGAGGUAGAUUUCAUUCAAAUGGAUGUCACCAAGAUAUGUGAACAUGUCAAACAGACACAAUCACAUGAUCAAGCAUCUUGUAUUGAGUUUGGGUCAGCAGGCUGUUUUAAGGAGAGCAGUUUUGAUACCGUGAUAAUGAAUCCGCCUUUUGGAACGAAGAAGAACCAAGGAAUUGACAUGAGAUUUGUACAGGCUGGCCUGUUCCUGGCUAAAAGGGCCGUGUAUUCUCUACAUAAGACCUCCACACGGGCUCACAUAGAGAAAAAGGCUAAAGAUUUUGGGGUGCACAUGGAAGUGUUGGCUGAGCUAAGAUUUAAUCUGGAGAACACCUUCAAGUGUCAUAAACAGAAAUCUGUAGAUAUUCAGGUCGACCUCAUUCGAUUCUCAUUUAAAUAG